UCGAAAUAACUUCAAAAACAAGGGCAAUGGAUUUUCAAUUUACUUCAAAACUUGAACAAACAAUUAAAGACGCAGGAUUUCAAAAUGUAACUUGUAUUUGUAAGGAUGUGCCUCUUGGAAAAAUUUUUCCUUUAAGAUGGGAUGAAAAACUUGGCAGAAUUACUGAAAUAUGGACAGCAAAUUUAGCUGAAAUGGCCAAUGGAAUGAAGCCAUUAUCAGCCCAAAUUAUGGGCAUAACGGAUGAAGAAUGGAUGAAUAUGGUUAACACAAUAGUACAAGAGUUGGACGAAUAUCGCUCUUCUCAUGAACAUCGUAUUAUCUUGGCUACUAAAAGAUAUGACUAA